AUGCAUCACCAAACUGUUCUCCUAUUUUUCUUCUACUCCCUGAUAUCCUGUUAUCAACAUCAACUUCACCAGUAUAAAAUACCUCGUCUUCAUCUUCCAUUCACCGAUGAGCCAAGAUAUUAUGCAGCAGUAGCUGCGGCGCCUACUAAACAGAAGACUAUUCCUCUGUGUGAAUAUUGGAAGAUUUUAGGAGUUUACAGAGAGGAAUGUCAAGAAGACGAGAUUCUGAUGGAUGAUUAUCAAUCUAACAAGCAGCAAGAGUCAUACGAGAUUGGUCUUCCUGUCUGCCGUUUGAAAUUUUUAACUGCCUCCUGCGUGAAAUCUGCUAAAUGUCCAUCGGGAACGGUUUGCCUUGAUUUCUCAACCCAACGCUGUUGCCACCCGAUGCCAGGAACAUGCCCAACACCUACUCAGCUUGGUUACAAAUGUAUGGUCUACACUCCGAUCAGCUGGUGCACGACGGAUCAAGAUUGUAAGGGAAAAAAGUGCUGCCCGACUGGAUGCGAUUAUAAUGUUUGUGUAUAGCCCCCAAGUUAUUUUAAAAAUUAAAAUCUAUGUAACUGGUCUCCUAUUUGCUCAUGUAUUAUUUUAAUCUCAACAAACAAUAUCUCACCUUAAUUCUCUCCAAUCCUUCUGGGUGAUGUGGCUCCAAAUAAAGUACU